AUGAGGAGCAGAGCGAUCGUAAUGUUGGCCUUGCAACUGGCAGCCUUGGCGGUGGCGGCCGAUCCGAGCCGGGAAGACGGCAACAGUCUGGAGUACGUGGAAGGGAAGCUCACGAAGGCGAUGGACGAGGUCAACAAGAAGAACACCAUCAGCAUCUACGGCGAUAUGAUCACCGCAGAGAAGAUCACGGAGGACGGAGGAGAGCAGCCGGCGGAGGAGAGCGCUGACCCGCUCGUCAGCAGAGUUGAGAAAUUCCUGAAGACGCGGAAGAUCCAAAUCAAUCUGCCGAAUGACAGCUCGACCGCCGGUUUAUUCGGCCGCGCCCUUGGCCGCAAGAGCAUCGACGUAGAAUUAAGAAGUUUGACGAGCGGAGCGUCCGAAGCGCGCACCAGGCUGAAAAAGAUGAUCCUGCCUCUGUUGUUGCUGCUAAAAUUCAAGACUCUGAUUAUCCUGCCCAUCGUCAUCACCGUGAUCGGCCUGAUAGGCCUCAAGGGCUUAGGCAAUGCCUUCUUGGCGCUUCUGCUAUCGGGCGCUGUGACCUUGAAGGCCCUUCUUGCGCCGCCGCCGCCGCCGAGGGUCACCUACGGGGUGAUAAAACCGCAUGAGAUUCACCAUGAUCAUUGGCACAGGUCGGAGCAAGAGGUCAGUUCACCCUACAAAGGCUGGGCACCCGAAUACAACAGCGAACAAUAUCCGUACCACGAUAUCCAAUGA